GGUGCCAUGGCUGCGGCGGCCACGGUCCCCGCGCCCCAGCGACACAACAACCCCGAGCCGCCCGGCACCGGAGCCAGGGUCGGGGGGCGCGGCCCCGCUCUGCUGCUGGUCACAGGCCUCGCUUUCCUCACCCGCUUCCACCGCCUGUCAGAGCCCGACCACGUCUGCUGGGACGAGACUCACUUUGGGAAGAUGGGCAGUUAUUACAUCAACAGAACCUUCUUCUUCGACGUCCAUCCUCCCCUGGGCAAGAUGUUAAUCGGAUUAUCAGGAUAUCUGACGGGAUAUGAUGGAACCUUUCCCUUUAAAAAACCCGGUGAUAAGUACGAGCAGCACCGUUACUAUGGAAUGAGAGCGCUCUGUGCAACCUUAGGGUCUUGUCUGAUUCCCUUUGCAUAUCUCAUCGUGCUGGAGCUGACUGGUUCAGUUACUGCAGCGCUGCUGUCUGCGGCUAUCCUUGUGUUUGAUACUGGAUGUAUUACUAUUUCCCAAUAUAUCCUGUUGGAUCCAAUUCUCAUGUUUUUCAUUCUGGGAGCUGUACUGUGCAUGCUCAAGUUCAACGUCAUGAGGGACAGGCCUUUCUGUGUGUACUGGUGGCUCUGGCUCACACUGACUGGACUGAAUCUUGCUGGAGCGCUUGGGGUGAAGUUUGUUGGAAUCUUUGUGAUUGUUCUGGUUGGACUUAACACAAUGUGUGACCUCUGGCAGCUUCUGGGAAACACUCGUGUUUCGUUGGGUGCGUUUGGAAAGCACUUGCUAGCGAGGAUGUUAUGCCUCAUUCUCCUGCCUCUAGCCUUCUACACAGCAUUAUUUGGAAUUCAUUUUUUAGUUUUGAGCAAAAGUGGCCCUGGCGAUGGAUUCUUCAGUUCUGCUUUUCAAUCUCGCCUGAUUGGCAAUAAUUUACACAACGCAUCAAUGCCAGAGCACAUUGCCUAUGGAUCCAUCAUCACAGUAAAAAAUGCGCGGACAGCAGGUGGAUACUUGCAUUCCCACUGGCACCUGUAUCCUGAAGGGGUUGGAGUCAGACAGCAACAGGUUACGACCUAUUUACACAAAGAUCACAACAACCUCUGGAUAAUCAAGAAGCCAGAACACAACCCAGAUCCAGAUUGCCCUGUGGAACAUGUUCAUCAUGGUCAUGUUAUCAGACUUGAGCACAAAGAAACGUCUCGUAAUAUCCACAGUCACCAGCAUGAGGCUCCUUUAACAAAGAAACACCAACAAGUCACAGGGUAUGGAAUGAAUGGAACUGGGGACUCCAAUGAUUUCUGGAGGAUUGAAGUGGUUGGCGGACAGAAUGGGGAUCUGAUUAAAGUUCUAAGAAGCAAAAUUCGAUUAACCCAUUUAGCAACUGGCUGUGUCCUGUAUUCUUCUGGGAAAACAUUGCCCAAAUGGGGUUGGGAGCAGGUUGAAGUCAGCUGCAGUCCAUACCUCAGAGAAACCCCCAACUCACUUUGGAACAUUGAGGAUCACAUUAAUGCAAAGUUGCCAAACAUCAGCUUGGAGGUGCUCAAACCAUCCUUUUCAGAGAUACUGAUGGAGUCUCAUAUCGUCAUGAUCCGGAGUAACAGUGGGCUAAAACCAAAGGACAAUGAAGUCACUUCCAAACCCUGGCACUGGCCAAUUAAUUAUCAGGGCCUUCGUUUCUCUGGAACAAAUGAGACCGAAUAUCGAGUAUAUUUAUUAGGAAAUCCUGUGAUCUGGUGGUUGAACUUGGGUAGCCUCCUCCUCUAUCUGAUCCUCUCCUGCGUCACUGCCGUCUGUUUACAGCGAAGGUGCAAGCUCACUUCUCACAUCAAAGACCGCAGUCGUACAGUGUUGAAUGGUGGUGGUCAAGUGUUGCUUGCUUGGCUACUCCAUUAUUUACCCUUUUACCUGAUGGGUCGAAUACUUUAUUAUCAUCAUUAUUUUCCUGCAAUGCUCUUCAGCAGCAUGUUAACAGCAAUCACUUGGCACAUCUUACUGCAGAGCUGUGACACUUUCCUGAGACCUGCAGCUGCUCGAGGGAUGUACCUGGGGGGUAUGGCUCUCCUUGGCCUUGUCUGUGCCUACAGCUUCCACUUGUUUCUGCCAUUGUCCUAUGGUAUGGUUGGACCUCUUGCUCACAAUCCUCGGAGUCCCAUGGCAGGAUUGAAGUGGAUGGAAUCCUGGGAAUUUUAGUGGGACAGGGCGGCACUGAGGCUCAUUCCUGUUGAGCUCUUUGUUUUUAUACUUUGUUAGUUACCACUUUAAAUUGGGAAAUAUCAUGAUACUGAAAUGUUGAGAAACUAUUGGGGGCUAUUAGGGGCAUGGCUGCUCUUUCAAAGGGCAUCCCAAAGAGGAUCAACAGCACUUACUCAGGGUUUCCAAUGCUCUUCAAUUUACUUGGGUUAGACAGGUAUUAGGUUUAGGAUAGGCUUGAGAAUGAAACUAAAAUAUUGAGGCCUCUCUCUGUGAAAUGAGUUCCUCAAGUCCACAGCUAGUGAUGUUUGGUGAUGUUUGGUGACUGGAUUCUGAGUUCCACUGGCUGAUGGAGCCUCGACCUCUGAGCUACUGUAAACGGCCCCAAACCAGGGGUCGCCACUCAGCCAAUGACCGCUGGGGGGCGCUAUCGAGCCGGAUCAGCAAGAUCUGAGGAAGGCAAUAGAAUUACUUAAAUAUUUAGUCCAAUUGAAAACUAAGCCAGAUACACAAGGUAUUUAAUGAAAUUUUAAAAACAUUGUUUAAACUGUGGUAUAUAUGUUUUUAUUGAACACAGCGAGAUGUCACCUCACGGUUAGAGACCCCAAACCAUCAGGAGAGUGAACCCAGCUGUGACUGUCUAUGACCCACUGGGCAAAAGUAAUUAUUAGCUUCUAAGCUAAUAUUCAAAUUUUAAAAGAUCCUCAGAAUAAAAAUAAGUUUUGAAAUGUUUUCCUUUUUAAUUCAUGAAACUUGAAGUUACAAUUGAGAGCAAUUUCUGACACUCCAAUCAACACAACUGUUGUUAUUCGGUGCUAGACACCAAUCCUGUUGGUGAGUACCUCCUGUCAGAUCUUAGUCAUUUACAGAUAAUCCUUUUCUUGGGUCAAAUUGAAAGAAAGCAGCACAUUUUCUUGGGGUCAAAUUGAAAGAAAGCAGCACAUUUAGUCUUGCUAUUGGCAUAAAUCAGGAGCUUUGAGUAGAUGCUUAUAAUUAUGGAUUUGUAAUCAAAUUAAUGAGUAGAAAUGACUGAAAUUACAGAAGCUCCCAAAUAUAACAACCAGCCUAUCAGAUCAGCCACCAGACACAUUCCUCAAUAUAAUGCCAAAUCGUGUGGGAAGCAGCUACUGGUUUGGAGAAAUCCUAUUUCACAAUCUUGUGAUAAUGUUCAGGGUCUGGAACAGAUUUGAAGCAAUAAUUCCAGGAUUGAACAAGUUCUUUGUUUAAUUUCACUGUUGAUGUCUCACUGACGGUGGUGUUUUUCAGUGUAAUGUAAUUUUUUGAGCAAUGCUGUGGUCCAACCAAUGACUAAAGCAUAUUUAAUAAUAAUGGAGGGUGUCUCUGU